AUGCCGCCCAAAAGAGGUGCUGCGAAAGGUGCCGCAAAAAAGUUGGUACCGGAUAAGCUCAGGAGGGACAACAACAACUUCUAUCACUUCUACCGAAAAGGUGAACUCAAGGAGAAUGCACGGAGGAAGGUUAAACUGGCAAGCCAACGCGAGAAUUUGCUUCUAAACCACGGAGUGGUCCCGGAUGAAGUAUUUCCCUACAAAACGAACGAGGGGCUGCAAGGUUAUGAUGAGUAUUACGCUGAACUAGACGAGGAGAGCGAGAAAGAGGACGAGGAGCGCGACAAAAAGGAUGAAAAAGCGGAGAAACCGAAAUGGGAAACGUCCAAGGGGCUGACCAAGGACAUGUACGAAAAGGGAGCUGGCCUGCACUUUUGCAAGAUCCUUGGGGCUGGCGGCAUGGGGAUAAUCUGUGUUUUUGUCAGCUACGAGAACCAAACCCCAACGUUCUGGACGGUAAAGAGGGAUAUAAAGCCCUAUCAAGCAGUGGCCAGCGAAAAGGAAACCACACUGAGAUUCCUCCGCGCGCCCCACAUCGUUCAGGUCUUCCAUCGUUACGAGGAGGAAGACAGAGAUGACGACAAUCCGCGGCGGUCCAAGCGAGCAAGAACGGAAACGAUCAAAGCGCGAAGCCAAGCUGAAGUACGAAAGGAGAGUCGUGCCACCCGGGCAGGGCAAAGGGUCGCGUCCAUUGCGAGGAAGGCGGGUACAGCGGUGCGUCAGCCUCAGGUCGGACCUACCGACCAAGUAGAUCAGGUUCCCAACAGCAUGGUCCUGGAAUACGUAAUAAGGGGUACCCUUGACAAUUGGUUUGAAGGACUGGGGAAGUUGAAAGCCGCGAGGGAACCAGACUUGCGCAUUCCAAACCGAGUUCUGUGGGCUAUGAUGGCUUGCUUCAUGAAAAUGUGCAUGGCCAUGGAGUAUCACCCUCUGCAAGAAAAUGUUAGUGAUGACGGGAAAAUGAUACCGGAGAACACUCCAGCAACCAGUGCGCAACCCGGAACAGGUUUGGUUCACUUUGACAUUGAUCCACAGAACGUUCUCAUUGGACAUUUCGAUUCGGAAACGAGGAAAGGCAAGGUCGCCCCAACACAUCCGCAGUUCGAAGCGAUGACCGACGCUCAUGAUAGGACGCCUAUCUUCAAGCUUAUUGACUUUGGGCUCGCCCGAGAGAUGAAGUUUGGUGAUCCAUACCGCAGUAAUCCGGAGUUACUCUGGGGCCAUCGCCAAUGUGGAAAGCCGGGUUACUAUCUCCCAGAACAAUUCACCAGGGAAUGGGAAGCGGUUGUGGAUUCACCCGAUGAUCAACACGCGAGGGUAGCCGGACAGUAUAGCUGGAAGUCCAAUCUCUGGCAAUUUGGAUUGAUCAUACACAUAGCCAUAACUCUCCGAUGGAAUCCAUCUUUAACCAUCCACGCCCUGAGAGACGAGGACUUGAUAUACGGCCCGCCAAACGACUUGCCGCUGAGGCGGCAAACAAAGAGGUCGUACCCGACUUAUGGCGCCCACUUGCUCGACCCGCAAUACGACCAUGUGCCCUUCCGGCUCCGCCACCUGGUCGCCCGCUGUCUGUGCGAGAUUCCCGACGAUAGGCCGAGUUUCGAGGAGAUUCGCGCCGAAAUCCAGUGGGCAUGGGAUGGUGAGAGUCCAGAGGAAAUGGAGGCGGCUAAACAGUGGAGUCAAACGCGCUUUGAGCGCCCGCCGCCGCCGGUGACUCCGCCGUGGAUGAAAGUAGAAGAGUGGGCGAAGCAAACGGCGAUCUUAUCGUUUGACGAGUACUUGGAGAAGUACCCUGUGAAAUAG